GUCUUAUCAUACUGGUAUUCCAUUCGACCUCUAUAUUCUUUUUGCACUUACGCUGCGGAGAUGUUGUGGUCAAGCGGGGUCUGGUGACAGAAUGGAACGAUGUGGAACCAUUGAUAGUGCUCGCAGAGAUACAAGGAACUCAAGCAUGUAGAAGGCAGCAGUGAUAUCCUAUAUAUAUGUCGGUGGUAUAAUAUUUGGUCGUGCUGCAAGACGGCGUAAAGUGCAGCCAGCAUCCCCCUCUAGCACCCCGAAAACUAUCAAUCGCCAGAGACUCCACAGGCCAUCGCCGUUAACCACAAUGUCUGAUCUCCAUAUCGAGUUAACCGCUCCCAAUGGCAGGAAAUACACCCAACCAACAGGCCUUUUUAUCAAUAACGAAUGGGUCAAGAGCAGCGACGGAAGGAAAAUUACCUCUAUCAAUCCCACUGACGAGUCAGAAAUAACCUCCGUCUACGCAGCUGGCGCAUCGGACAUUGACCUAGCGGUGGCUUCCGCUCGAAAUGCAUUCAAUGAUCCUUCAUGGCGCGACCUAUCCCCGACAGACCGUGGAAACAUGAUAAUUGUGCUCAGUGACCUAGUAGCAAAGCACGCUGCUACACUCGCCACUAUCGAAACGUGGGAUAACGGGAAAUCGUAUAUCGAUUCGCUCGGCGAUGUGGCUGAGGUACAAGGCGUGCUCAAGUACUAUGGUGGAUACGCGGAUAAGAUUCAUGGGCAAGUCAUCGAUACCGGGCCAAACAAGUUGGCGUAUACUAUUAAGGAGCCGGUUGGAGUAUGUGGUCAGAUCAUCCCAUGGAAUUUCCCUCUGGCCAUGGCGUCGUGGAAGCUGGGUCCGGCACUGGCGUGUGGGAAUACCGUGGUCAUUAAAGCUGCCGAGCAGACUCCACUAAGUAUUCUAUAUCUGGCACAGCUGGUUAAGGAGGCUGGCUUCCCACCAGGUGUGGUUAAUAUCGUCAAUGGAUAUGGAAGGGAGGCAGGGGCUGCUAUCGCAACACAUCCUGGUAUCGACAAAGUGGCAUUUACAGGCAGCACGGCAACUGGGAAAGAGAUAAUGAAGAUGGCGGCUGCCAACAUGAAAAAUAUUACGUUGGAAACUGGCGGCAAGAGCCCAUUAUUAGUUUUCGAGGAUGCGGAUGUUGAACAAGCUGUGAAAUGGGCACAUAUUGGAAUCAUGUCCAACCAAGGUCAAAUUUGCACUGCCACAUCUCGCAUACUAGUCCAGGAUUCAAUAUACGAUAGCUUCAUCGCCGCCUUCAAGAAGCAUGUUCAAAAGGUCUCCGUCGUUGGAGACCCAUUCGCCGAGACCACAUUCCAGGGCCCACAGGUGACCAAAUCUCAGUAUGAUAGUGUGCUGGCCUACAUCCAAGCCGGCAAGGAUGAAGGAGCCACCCUGGUCUCAGGCGGCGAAGUAUUUACCAAUGGUCCCACACCAAGCAAAGGCUUCUUCAUCACACCCGCCAUCUUCACGGACGUCAAGCCAAACAUGAAGAUCUACCGUGAGGAGGUCUUCGGGCCUUUCGUCGUGAUUGCCACUUUUACAAGUGAGGAAGAGGCGCUGAAGAUGGCCAACGAUACCAUAUACGGCCUAGGCAGCGCUGUCUUCACCAAGGAUAUCACAAGGGCGCACCGGGUCGCUAGGAGGAUCGAGGCUGGUAUGGUCUGGAUCAAUAGCAGCAACGACUCGGAUUAUAGAGUUCCAUUUGGGGGAGUCAAGCAGAGUGGUAUUGGACGCGAGCUAGGCGAGGCUGGUAUGGCGGGCUAUACCCAGACGAAGGCCGUUCAUGUUAAUAUAGGCUUAAUGAUCUAGGUGGUGAGUGAUGAAGUCGUGGGUGGAUAGAGGGUUAUCUAGCUAGCUUUAGUUGCUCCCAAAAUUUGAACAAGUGUAC